UGGAAAUGUACUUUAUAGUGAUCACAUAACGCGACCUGUCGCAGUUUCCUCAGAGGCUCAUUGGAAUCAGACGUCUGUUACUUCGUUGACGUGUUGACUGAGUUAAACUAUGUUAGGUGUUUAUCCACACUCUGAAAAACAAUUAGUCUUUAAAUAAAUUCUGCAGUUUACUUCCUUUCUGAUGAAAGUGUAAAUAUUGGUUGUGUGUAAAGGCGAUGACACUAAAGGCGAGGCUCGGAGCUCAGCGCCCACUCGGGAUUUACACGGACAUAAAUGCCGCGUAAAUACAUUUCUUCUUGUUUGCUGAUGGCUGCGGUGACAUUGGCAGAGAGGGAGGUGAAGGGGGCAUGUGUUCCCGCCACAUAGCUCCACAUAAACCGAUUGCAUCCCCAGAUUUAUCCCCAAGGUGUUUUUGGGACAUCCUGGGAGCUAAUGGAGACUAAUAGGCUUAGCACUUAGGGUGUAUUGUCCGGGAUGCUUACAGGCAAGGUUUGCUGAGGGUAAAACUCUAAACGUGCGGAUUACCUCCAACACAUCCCUUUAAAGUGCUGUAUAGCCAGGACUUAGCUAAUAGGAUCCUGAGGGUAGCGGGGGCCUGUGAAGGUGGGGACGGGGGUUGGAUGGGGCAGUAGGGCGGACAGUAGGCAGGUCAGCAGAUGUAGGUGGCAGACUGUUGCGGAACUAACAGGGGGAUUACAGUCCUCAGAUUAGAUGGGCUUCACAGGGAACUUGAGAGACUGUGGGUAAUGCACAAGGCCUGGGGGCAAAUCUAAUGGCAGCAUUUGACUGGGGGGGAGGGUGGUACAGCAGAAAUAAUAUGUCCAAGUGCAUGUGCACAGCUUACACAUGUCCCUGCACUGGCAGGCUCAUCAGUUUAAUCAGCAAACCUGAUAUGAGAUGGUUCUGUGGGGUGAGCAUCCAUAUUCAUGUCUCCAGAUGCACGCCGGCCCUGGAUUAGCAGCGCUGGAUUACUGUCGUUUACAGUAUCAUAUUUUCUAAUGGGAUUUCUGCAGUGUGGAAGGCUAAUUGGAGGUCUCUAAGUCGAUUGCACUUAUCUGCACAAGCUGCUGGUUCAGCCGAGAACAAUGCGGGUAUCUGGGGUGAGCGCACAUGUGAGUGCGCCUCUAUCCCUGUACAGGAGGACCAGCAGCACUUGCAAGGACAGAAAAGAUGAGAGGAAAUCGUCCAGUUGUUUGUUCUGGCCUUCGUACGGGGUUAGGAUUUGGAUUUAACGGUUCGGGAUUGAUUUGCAUUACGGCGAGGUAUUAGCGUUAAGCAUUUAGGUGAAGGUCAAAGCUCGUGAGUGUGUCAUGACCCCACGGGAGCAGCUGAGGAAGAUGACAGCGCUAGGGGAGCAGGGGUCUUUGGAUGAGAAGCACUGGUACCGACUCGUCAAUGGGAUGUCUGCUGGAGAGCUGAGGCAGAGGCAGGAGCUGAUAAUGAGGAACCAGAUGGCUAUGGCACCACAGAUCCUUGCCCAGGGGCAGCAGAGGUUACAGGGGGUCCCCGCACAGUUCGAACCUCGGUUCAUGGAGAGGGAGUUAGUUCCACCUACCGAGAUGGUCCCAUCUGAAGCCAGGCAGAUGCACAUGGGCCCUCACCUCGGUCCACCUCUGCCUCCUCAUGCCAACGUCCUGCCUGGAAGAGGUUUCCCUGCACCAGCUGGGUAUGGCUUCUUACCCUCAGAGCCCAUGGAAACUGUUGCCCGGCGACAGGAGCUCAUUCACAAGCAAAAUAUAGCCAGAAUGGAAAUGAACGCCAUCCUGCAUCAGAAGGAGCUGGAGAACGCGCACCAGAAAGGCUUGAUGGGAAUUGAAAAUCCCAUGUCAUACCCUUCCAACCCCAUGGUGUUUAGAGGUCGUCAGCGCAUGCCAGACGGCCACGAUGUCUUCGUCCACCGGCCCACCCUGGAUGAACUGCACUCCAACAAUAUUCUCAUGUCAGCCAACCCAUAUCCAGCAAUAAGCACGCUGCACAGAGAGCGGGGGCGCAGAGCAGGUCGGAGGCCAACUGUUCACAAGAGUAUGGAGAGCCAUGUGUCCAACGUGAAGGGCCAGACUGAAGAUAAAAGUGUAGAGCAGAGCCCAGGGGCCGCAUCGGGGGAGGAGAAGGAGCUCGAGCCAAAGGGGGACAUGGGAGAGGAGUGUGCCACCAGUAAGACACAUCAUCAGGCCAAAGUAGACCCUGAACUGGCCACUGGAAGCAGGAAGAACUACAAAGAUGGGGAGCCAGGCCUCCGGAAAGCCUGCGUGAACAGCCAAGAUGGGAGUUCAGACGCAGCCAACAGUGGAACAAAUGAUAAAGACAUAUCCAGCCAAUGUUCAGCUUUCCAGGAGAAAUUCAUGUAUCCUUCCACUGGAGGAACUCUAACAGGGAUCCCUUACAUGUUCCCAGUCCCUGGAAAUGGUUUCCUUCCUCCUGGCCCACCAAAUCUCUUUUUAAAUGGUGAGGAGGUGCCCGAAGACAUCAGGAAGUGGACAGUGAAUGAUGUGUACAACUUUAUUAACAGUAUUCCCACGUGUUCAGAGUAUGCCCAGACUUUCAAGGACCACAUGAUUGACGGAGAGACGCUGCCCCUCCUAUCAGAGGAGCAUUUAUUGGAUACACUGGGACUGAAGCUGGGGCCAGCUCUUAAGAUCCGCUCACAGGUGUCCAGACGUCUUGGGAGCAUGUUGUACAUGAUGAACCUGCCGCUCUCCACCGCCCCACUGCAGGCCACCCCUGAGAAGCCCGGGGAGCGCUCAUCAGAGAUCGGCUCCCCCAUUAACUGCAACAGUGAGGAGAUGGUGGCAAGUCCAAGAGAUCCCGAUGUCAUAAAAUCCGCCGACCACCUCCACGAGGCAGAAAACAACUCCCCUCCAUCUGCCAGCAGUGAGACUGCCUGACCAGUGGAGAAAUGUAAACCAAAACAGGGUUCAACAGCACGCUCUGGAGAGCUGCUGCUGCCGCUAUGGUGGAUUUGUUUACACUGUGCUGAAUUGGACUGAAGAUCCACAUUUCAGGUUCCUGUUGAAUGUUUUAUACAUUUAACAGCAGCAGCUGCAGUGGAGUAAAAGUGAUGUGGAUUUUAAGAUACAGUAUCAGACGCCGAUAAGGUCCUACAUCACUUUUCUUUGCUCGUCUGAUUAUAGCUUCCUGAAUUAUUCUUGCAAGCUGCUAAACGCUCCCGUAGGCUGACGUGCAGAGCAUAGUAAUCAUAUUUUGGAAAUAUUUUAUAAACAAAAUAAUGACAUAUUUAAAUAUUCUGGAUUUUGAUGCUUGUCACUUUUUUUUUUUUUUUUUUUUUGCAUUU